GCAACUGGCGGGGCGCGCGGCCACCUUCGGCAGCCUCGAGGCCGCCUUCGCGCGGGUUGCGAGCCUGGAGGCGGAGCUCGCCGAGGCCAAGGGGCGCUUCGACGCUGUUUCGGCCCAGCUGGGGCGGCUUGCCGCAGCUGUCGGGCCCCUCAACCAGACGUCCAGCCGACGCCUCCUCGUCCAGCUCGGCUUGGGCGUAGACGAGGACCCCCCUGAGCUGUCAGAAAGCUUGCCUGGCCAGGCGGACCUGUUUGAGGCGGGCGGUCCAACCAGCACUCAGGAUGAGGAGGAAUCGGAUGAGGUCGACGCUUACGACGAGGCGGAGGACGUGCAGGAGGUCGUCGAGGUCGAGUGCCAGACCGACUUUAAGAUGCGCCAUGUCGAGGUUUUCGUCGAUGAUAAUGGCGUCGCUCAUAUCUGCAACGGCAAAGAAAGAGUGCCAAACCCGAAUAUGCGCCACUUCCAGGCUGCUGCUGACGAGGUCGGCGUGGCCCACCCCAUCGAUGACGAGGGCACCUUCGAUUACGAGGCCGACUUUCUCCCCGUCCUGAUUGUCCACGGCGAGUCGCACGAGUCCGACGCGCCUCCGGUCGCCUCAUCCGACCUCCUUUUCUCGGCGCAGACCGUCGUGUCGUCUGUCGCGGACGUCAUGCACGUUUGCAUCGGCUGGGGCAUGGAGGACAGGGGCAUCAUCCAGGUCGUGAAGAUCACGGUCACGAAAGACACGG